CCAAGCACUCUCCGUAAUUUCUCUACACAGACCAGCUUGAAACAAUAUAGCUAUAACUCUACUACUAUUAUUACUUGGUGAAAUUGGCAUGUUUCAAUCUCACUGAUGGGGGUAUAUCUUCCUGGAGUCCCAGAAAAUGGGUUUUGUCUCUUCAUCCGUUUUCAUUCUCUCUCUUUUGGAAAGCCGGUUUAGCAGUUAUCCCAGUGAUACUUUCCCUCACAUUCUCUAAAGAUCUCCAUCUCAAAAACUUCUCAAAAUGCAGGCCAUCACUCUUUUACUGGCUGCUGGUACAGCCGUCAAGGCUUAUACCAUUGUUGAAGCAGAUCUUUUCAUGGUCAAGAAUAUCGAUCCUGUUGUCAUACCCGGACAAUAUAAAAGUCAUCUACACAGUUUCUUCGGUGGUGAUGCGGUAACCAUCAACACAAAAACCUCGAAGGAGUUACAGGCUGGGUGUACUUCUGCUCAUAACCCAAACGACUUUUCAUCUUAUUGUAAGCUUUCUCCAAAUUCCAUGUCGUAGUUUUGUCACUAAUAUUCGUUCUUCCAGGGGUACCAACACUCUUCGCUCUUGAUGGAGACAAACGCACAAACGUUCCAUUCAGCAGAUUCAGCGCAUACUACGUUUCAAUCGAGAACGCUGAAAUCGCCAUCCCACAGGACUACAAAGCAGUAGUCGGUAACUCAAAGGCAACGUCACAAGCAGAUGUCGAGCCCUUAGCAGGAAUAGAGUGGUUCUGUGAAGGCGACGCGGGAGAAACAAAGGACAAGGCCGCUUUCCCUUCCAAAACAUGUUCCACCCAUCUCCAGACCCUCCUUCUUUUCCAUGAUUGUGUCAAUCCUGCCACUCUCGAAUCAGCCUACUCCGGACGUCAUAACGGGGUCGACGGCAACCGAUGUCCCGCAAACAUGAAGAGAAUGCCUCAACUCCGAUUCUCCAUCCGAUACGACCUUCGCAAAACCCUUUCCAAUGGCUGGUCCGGACCACCGCCUCUGGAACUUGCUUGCGGACCUUCCUACUGUACUCAUGGCGAUUUCAUCAAUGGAUGGCUCCCAGAGGCUGCAGAGAACAUGUUGACAGCCAAUUCCAAGAGAGACUUUCAGGAGGUCGUUGGUCCCAAAGGAGGUGAUGCUGGCAAAGCUGUUUGUAAAGGAAAGGAUGCAGAUCCUUCCAAUGGAACCUCAGACUAUGCUACAUCUCUCAAGAUGAUGGCCAAGAGAGCUUUGGGACGAUAUGAUAGACGGGUUUAAAUAAUGAAGGGUUAUGGGGUUUAUUUACGACAUAUUUCCGUACGACGAUUCUUUUCUUGUAACACACCUUUUCAAACAAAACAUAUCCGUUUGGUUUCAUGUAUAUAGUUAUGAGUUUAUGACGAGGCGAGGAUACCUUUGAGAGUUAC